CGUACGCGGAUCCCCUGCCCUGCCCGCGGGGGGAUCCGCGGGGCGCGGAACGCUCCUCGCGGAGCUCUUUGUUAUGCUAAUCCGGGCUGACAUCACGCCGCAUAUCAAAGCCGAAGGGGCCGCAUAUAAGGCGGCUUCGCGGGCCGCCCCGCCAGAGCAGCCCCGGCCCCCGCGCAGCCCCGGCGGAGGUUGUUCAUCUCCAAGGAGGAGCAACACCCAAACCGCAGGGAAAUAACGUCGCGCAGAAAAUUAGGAAGCCUCCUUUUUUCUUUGGAGAAGCUGAUUUCCUUCGGCGAGUGGGGGACAGUGGAGAAAAUGAAGCCGAGUCCACGAUUUUUCUUAGCUGGUUUUCUGUCUUUGAUUCUGCAGACGGGGAUUUGCUAUGGAAUAAAAUGGAUAGCUCUGUCCAAGACUCCUUCGGCUUUGGCCCUGAAUCAAACCCAGCACUGCAAGCAGCUCGAAGGCUUAGUGGUUUCCCAGGUGCAACUGUGCCGCAGCAACCUGGAGCUAAUGCAGACCAUCAUCCAGGCGGCACGGGAAGUGAUAAAGACCUGCCGUAAAACUUUCUCAGACAUGCGGUGGAACUGCUCCUCCAUUGAGCUGGCUCCUAACUACCUGCUGGACUUAGAGAGAGGCACAAGGGAGUCAGCAUUUGUGUAUGCCCUUUCUGCUGCUGCCAUCAGCCACACCAUUGCCAGAGCCUGCACCACCGGGGACCUCCCUGGCUGUUCCUGUGGUCCCAUCCCAGGUGAGACACCUGGACCUGGGUAUCGAUGGGGAGGAUGUGCAGACAACCUCAACUAUGGUCUUAUCAUGGGGUCCAAAUUUUCAGAUGCUCCCAUGAAGAUGAAAAAAUCAGGAUCACAAGCCAAUAAACUGAUGCAUCUGCACAACAGUGAAGUAGGGAGACAGGUCUUGAAAGCCUCUCUUGAAAUGAAAUGUAAGUGCCAUGGAGUUUCUGGGUCAUGCUCUAUCAAGACCUGUUGGAAAGGCCUUCAAGAGCUGCGAGACAUUGCACUGGACCUCAAAAACAAGUAUUUGUCAGCCACCAAGGUCGUUCACCGGCCCAUGGGCACACGCAAAUAUCUCGUGCCAAAGGAUAUUGAUAUCAGGCCGGUUAAAGAGACAGAGCUGAUUUACCUUCAGAGCUCGCCCGAUUUCUGCAUGAAGAACGAGAAAGUGGGGUCACACGGGACCCAGGACAGGCAAUGCAACAAGACCUCCAACGGGAGCGACAGCUGCGACUUGAUGUGCUGCGGGAGAGGCUACAACCCCUACAUGGACAAAGUGGUGGAGCGAUGCCACUGCAAGUACCACUGGUGCUGCUAUGUGACCUGUAAAAAGUGCGAGAGGACUGUCGAGAGAUAUGUGUGCAAAUGAGAACCCUCCCCUCUCCGCCUGGGAGCUGAGACGCCAGCAGCACCCCAGCACUAUUCAGAGAAGAGAAAACAUUUCCCCGACUAGACGUCGUUUAUCUUGUAAAGACACAGACUUGAAGAAAGAUGGUAGGAGGAAAAAAAAAAAGCAAUCACACCAGUAAAAAUAAGGCCCUUAAAAAAACCAACCGAACCCACAGAUGUUUCCCCCCCACCAAUAAAAUGCUCUCUGAGAAGUCAAAAACUCAUUUGGGAUGGUAUCUCUUCCAAAAUAUUUCCUAUGGUUGCCAAUGACGUCCGGCCAUCAAGUGCCUUAGUAUUUUGAGAAACAAAAGUAGAAACUUUCCCUGGGGAAGAAAAGCAACUCUUGUUUGAAAAUAACCAAGGCUCACACCUGCCUCUUCCUUCUAGCGCAGGUACCGAGUCUGCGUUAGGACCAUCCCAGAAGGGAAAACACUGCAACUUUUCAACGAUAGCUGCCUUUGUUGCCAAAGACUUAAUUUUUAGCAUGGAAGCAUCCACUCCGGGUGAUAAAGGUGGAAUGAUUUCAGGUCAAUCCCCUGAAAUGAACAACUUUUAACCUUUCUUUUACGCAGGUCUGUGACUUUGAGGUUACUGCUGCAGGAAAAGCUGUCCAUGAUUUUUUCAAGCUGGAUGGGUUUUCAUAUUCAGCCGUGCAAAAACUCCCAUGGGAUCCUGCAGGCAGUGAGAAUAGGGUACCCUGAGAAGGGCUUUACAGCAUCCAUGAGAUCAUAGAGGAGCCAUUAGGAUAAAGUAACAAAGUGAAGUAAAAAUCCAGUGGGGAAAGUAAAAAAAAAAACCCAGCUCCUGCUCUCUUUCCCUCUUGCCCUUUGGGUGCGAUGCCCUUAGUCACCAAUGUUCUGCCACGUUGGGCCAUCACAUCCUUAGGGAAUGAUGCCGCUGCCUCUUUUCCCCCUGCAAAACUAUUGGUGCAGCCCCAAGAGACUGCAGAGAGCGGAGCCGGUCCGGUCCUGGAUGUAGGGAGUGCAGCAAUGCAGGGCAGCAGCUAUUCCCCGUAGAAAGGAGCGGGAACGUGUCAGUCCUUCACGUGGCCCUGCCCUGACACAGCAGAGAACCACUAUCUGCGGCUGUACAUAUUUUCAUUUGUAUGCAGACAUACAGAAAUAUUUAUAAGAUAUAUCUCACGCUUUCGUCUACUCUUCUUCCUACAUAAAUAUAUCUAUAUAUUAUAAACAAGCAUUAACAAUAGUAUGAAAUAAAUGCUGAAGUAACUGGUGCAACAGCAAAAUGUUAGAUUAUUAUGUUUCACUCUCUUACUUGGAAAGCAACCCUGCUUUCCCUCCCAAGGACAGGAGAAGAGCAUGGCUAGAGGCACUCGCUGGCGUGGGAUAGAUAAGUUCCUUUAUUCCCUGUGUCCCCAGCCUCUUCAUUUUGAGCAGAAUUAGCCAAGAUACGGUCAAGACAAUGAAACAGAGCACUUGGAGAAAGGAGGAGUCAUCGCUUUUGUUUUGCUUUUUAUAUCAGCGAUCACUCUUAUCAGUAAAAUAUCCCAGUGCCGCCGAGGAGCAUAAUAACGUACGUGACUAAUACCUCUCAUGGGUAGGUUGCUCCUCGCUCCCGCGUGUUGCAGGAGCUGCUCUGCAUUGGAAGUUUUAGCUUAGGUUCCCUUUCUUGCUCUUUUUUUUUUCUGCAAUGGCAUCCAGCUCUCUGUCCCUGUUAGGAAAGGUGACCCUGGAGAAGGAUGUCUGCUCCAGGAGCAGAAGGCAGCAGAGCCUGUGAGGCCCUUCAGAUCAUGUUUGGGCAUCCCGUUCCCCAAGCAAAGCGCUGUAAACAGCCAAGAAAAUUACUCCUGCACAAAUAGGGGAGGACAGUGCCACUUUCCUAGGGGGAAAUAUGCCCAUAACACUGCAGCCUUCCUCCAAAUCCCAUUUUUCCCCCACCCAGCCACUCUUUACGAGGCAACUGCCUCUGACAUGUCUCUGAGCAUCCCUGGGGAGCUGGAGGAGAAAAGCACUGCAGGCUAUAGAGAAAAAUUAGAGAUAUUUUGUACUCCUCAGCUACUUUGCUUCGCUGUAUUGCGUUUGGUCUCCUCUCCUCCUUCCCUCCCCCAGCCACGAGCAGGGAAAAAGAGGCCUUUGGUAGUUUGUCAGUGGUUUGUGUUAUUGUCACCCCAUAAAAGCUGGUAGACUAAAAUGUCUCCGCAGUGCGGUGUGAUGAGCCGUGGGUGUCUUUAGGCUGACAUGUAGACAGGCUGGUGGCACAAAUCCCACUGCUCUCCAAAGCCAGAAUUUGGCUUAGUUUGAUAUGUUAAGAAACAGUCUACUUUCAUUCUUUUAAGGAAUUUUAUUUUUAUUUCCAGUUUCUGAUGAAGCCAACAAGGCAGGGAUGUUCUGACUGAAGAAAAAUUUGAGCAUUUCAAUGCUAUUCUGUAAUGACUCUUUUUCUUGCUCCCUUGCUGAUGUCCUGAGUCUUUCUGCUUGGCAAAAAAAUAGUGAGAUGGAAGAAAUGCUCUAUGCACAUUGUUUUCAGCUGCAUUUCACUCCUCCGGUGUCAGGCCCAUGGUCCUCAGCUGCUUUUCCCAUGUCAGAAGAAACCGUAACUUAGCAGAGCAUGAAGAGGUGUGAGUAAGCCUACCAGGCAUCUGCAGGUCCAUCUGGAGGGAAACGAGCCCUCAGCAGACCUUUAACCGUGGUGGUACCUCACACCUGGUGUCUGCCUCUGCCCACAGCUGUCUGUUACUGAAGAUGCUGAACUGAAACGGCUGCAGAGUUUGGAGGUUUGCAGUUGGGGGCAUCCAGGCUCAAAAUCUUUCCUGGCUCCUCUAGAUCAUCCAUCACGGGCUUCAUCUGAGUUUUGCUUCUUUGAGCUAAGAGUCUGCGUGGCUCCAGCCCAUGUUCUAGGCUGUUGGUCUAUGAAGUAACGCCGUUACAGCAGUUUUGCUAUAACUCCUAUGUUUCAGGGUUCUCUGCAUUGGCUGCACCUUGCAUUAGCUAUGUGCCCAGGGUGAUGUGCCUUACGGAGAUGAGAAUCAUGCACAGGGCAAGGUCUGAUAAACCACAGCCUCCCUUGUCGCACAGCCCUGCUUCAUCCAGCAAGUUAGGGUCACCUCCCUCCUGAUGGUCCGGCAUUUGCUAAUUUUUCAGAAAAUGUCUUUCUGUGAGAGGGAGGCAGUGCUUGCUGUUUUCUUUUCCUUUUAAUACAAACUAGGAAUACAGGAACUGCCUCUUCACUCUCUACAGCUACUUGAAAGGAGGUUGUAGUGAGGUCGGGGUUGGUUGGUCUCUUCUCCCAAGUCACCAGUGACAGGACGAGAGGGAACGGCCUCAAGCUGUGUCAGGGGAGGUUUAUGUUGGAGAUGAGGGAAAAUGCCUUCCCUGCCAGAGGGGUCAGGCCCUGGCACAGGCUGCCCAGAGAGGUGGGGGAGUCCCCGUCCCUGGGGGGGUUCAACCACCGUGUAGCUGUGGGACUUGGGGCCAUGGUUUAGGAGGCCUGGGGGUGUUGGGUUGGUGGUUGGACUUGAUGAUCCUAGAGGUCUUUUCCAAGCUUAAUGAUUCUGUGAUGCUAUGAUUCUAUGAGAAAGAGAGUCUGUAAAAUGGGACCCAGUAUGUGGGAACAUGUACUGGUGGAGUGACUCGUGGUGCAUCUUGCUCCUCCCACCCUAGCUCUGAUGCUUCCUCCUGGCAUCAGCAGCCAGGCACAGAGAGGCCAGAAGCGAGAAGAGUCCUUGCUUUCAAUUGCAAUGCUCGAUGCAACAGGAGUCCAAAAUGGAGCUGCCAAACUUUUCUGUGCAUGUGUGGUCUGAAAGAUAUCUGGGAGAACAUUUGUCACAAACCAGUUUUGCAAGGAAAAUAUAUCCCUAAUGGCAGGGCAAGACCUUCAUGUACCAGUCUCCUUCCCUCCCCCAGCCCUCCAUCAACUAUUUCUCAAGGCUUUGCUCUGAAACACUGAGGUCUUUCAGCUUCUGAAUAAAAUGACUUUAAUUAUUGUGAAUGUCUCUGUCGGGUGAUGCUACACUUCCCUCUCUAAUAACAUGCACUACCAGAUCUUAACAGCUGGUUUAAUUUGGCCCAGCUCCAUGUCCUACUACACAGCUCUGUUGAUUUACACUAGCUGGGAAAAUACAGCUGAUAUAUUCCCCAAAAUACUAUUAUUUCAAAAUGCUACACUAUUACUCCUGAGGGAAAAGGGCAAGUUAUCUUGAAAAGCAUUAUGACAGUGGCUUUGUAACAUUUAUUAAUUUGAAAAAAAAAAUACCAGUGAUUUAAUAAAACAAUUUGUACUUACUGCCAUUUCCAAAUUGGAGGAUUUAGACUUUGCAUGCGUCCAGCUGGCUUUAUAUUUUCUAAUGAAUCCCUCCCCAUCCUCACCCCCUUCCAGUUUUAUAUCAUUCACGCUUCUCCCUAAGGUAGGCAAAUGACAUUCGUUAUAGAGAACUCCCAUCUGAUUGUUUGGUUUAGUCUGCAAAACGGAAGGUAUCUUAAUCACGCUGAAGCAGGCAGCCCACGAGUGUUUCACGUGCAGCUACACAUGCCCUUGCUGAGGGAAGGGGAGCGGGAAAAGGAGGCAAAAAUCUGAAUACAAUUAACAGUGCCUUUGUCAGGAAAGUGAUAAAAAAGUCUCUGAGGGACCAUCCCUUUUCUGGCUAGAAAACAGAUGCCUGUAGACAACCAUUAGCAUCUUCCAAGCGAGCUGGGCUUGCGCUGCCCAGCUCCAGGCUACCUGCUCAGGGAAGAUGCUGGGAGGAGGCUCUGGAAGUACACAGGGAUGUGGGGAGUAAGGAAAAUUCAGCCCUGGGAUCGCUUGUUCUUAACACCCUCACCCCACCAGGAAGGACUUGCCUUCCCUGCAUUGGGCAGAGGGUCUUGAAACACCAUCGCUUCGCUCCCAAGAGCAGAUGGGAGCCAGGACAGGAAUUACUUUGUCCUCUACAUGUGGGAGAUGGAGCAGAAAGCAAGAUUUGGGAGAGGCGGAGAAAGAACAGGAAACUUAAAAUCCACCUGAGAUUAAUGACUUUAACAUGUACAACGUGUUUUGUUUUGUUUUGUUUUCCCCUCAGGACUAGUUUCAUCAGUCAGACAGAGUUUGAUUAAAUAUCUCAGCAGAGCCGUGGUUUAUUCAUCUAGAGAAAAGUUACCCCCUGUUCAGGGAAGCAGCAUUAGCUUUGUUUUCUAAUUAUAAGAGCAGCAAUAAUAAUAAAAAUAAUAACAAUGGUACGCAUUGUGGAUCGUUUUUAUUUGCUUUUUGUUAAGAGUAAGUGAACUGUAUAUUGUCUGUAUUGUAAAGAUGAAAUGAGUUAUUUUAAAGAUC